AAACCCUAACUAAAUAUAUUCCUCUUCCCUGCCACCCCUCGCCCUUUCCUUUCAUCCAAAGCCGUAGCGCAGCCCCGCAACCUCUCCAUACGAAUCUCCACCUCAAAAUGAAGGUAGUCGCUGCGUACUUGUUGGCCGUGUUGGGAGGCAACACCUGCCCUUCCGCCGAAGAUAUUAAGGAGAUUCUCGCAUCAGUUGGGGCUGAAGCUGAUGACGCAAGGAUUGAGUUGCUCUUGUCUGAAGUCGAGGGAAAAGAUGUCACGGAGUUGAUUGCAGCUGGGAGGGAGAAGUUGGCAUCGGUACCUGGUGGUGGUGGCGGUGUUGCUAUUGCUGCACCUGUUGCCGGUGCUGGUGCACCUGCAGCUGCUGCAGAGCCAAAGAAAGAGGAGAAAGUUGAAGAGAAAGAGGAGUCUGAUGAUGAUAUGGGUUUCAGCCUCUUUGACUAAGAGAUUUGGCCUGCUGGUUUGUUUGUAUAGUCUAUAGAGGCUCUCCUAUUUUCAGCUAGUGCUUUUAGUAGAUGUUACAAGAUUUUGAAUCUGAAGUUGGAUGUGGUUUUAGAUGUUGAUGGUUUAUGAAUCUUUUGUUUGGAUAAGAGAGCGAUGUCAGACAUUUAAGUUAUAAUUGUUAAAGUCUUGAUUUCUACAAGACAAAUUUAGUUAUGAUUAUUAAAUUUUGGAUA